CAAUUCAGCCUUAUUUAAAAACAAACCAUGAAUGCAGCAAUUGCAUUAUGUCAUUUCUGCGAGGCACACGGUCCUUGUGCAAUAUUUUGCACUCAAACUCUACGCGACACCAAACUCGAAGAACUAAAUCUCGACAAUCAACAGAUUCCAAAUAAAAUGUGCCUAGCGUGUAAUUCUUUAGGCAAAACAAAUGCAAUUUAUAGCAGAGACAAUGAAAGUGGUGCUAUAUUUUUAAGUACGCAAAUUCCAAUUCUUCCCGAAGUGGCAAAUCUCAUUAAACAAGCAUCGGUUCGUAGUUUGAGUUGUGAAAUAAAUUUUCACAAAGACGGUGGUUUUGUUUUCUUCGGGGAUUCGUCACGAGGUCAUGUACUAAGUCAUACGUUUCAUGUUGGUGAUUUGCAGGCUCGAGGAUUCUAUCAGCUCUUUUCCAUCAUUAUUCUCAUGAAGGACAAAUAUUUUUUGCUCAAUAUCAAGCCAUUUCUUGCUGAACAUCUUCAGAAAAUAUCCACAGAAAUCCAAACAUCUGCACAAAAGAUCAAAAGCGACGAAGCUGCCAAGGGAUCACCUCGACAGCGUCGUCUAUCUAGCAGCCAACUAAUGGUACAAACACCACGAUCUCUGGUCGAACUGACUGGAGAAAAGAACAUCUAUGCCAUCCUUCAUUCACACUUCUCUUGGAUACUAUUAGCCGGUUCAAGAUUUCUUACUGAACACGUAACAUUUGGUAAUUUGCCUUGGUUACCACCAGCACCUUCGGUUAUCCGUCCGUCCAAACAAUUUAUAACACUGCCAUACAAAGCCGACGAGGAUCAAUGGGAGGAGGAACAAGAAGAAUUCUUUUCACUGAGGUAUGUUAAACAACUGUUGCGUAAUGAAUUCUCAACAGCAUGUUAUUGUGCCUUGACAGGAAUAAAGAUCAUUGUUCGAGGAACACCAACCAAAGCAUUCAAUUUUAUGAUGUGCCUUAGGAAACUUUUGCCCGAGCAAAUGCACAAUUUAAUGCAAAUCGAUGCUCAACAAUUUUUAACAAAUUCAGAAUGUAAAAUUGUUUCUGUUAAGCCAGAUGUAGCCGUGCCUAUUGCAAGCAGUGCUACAUUUCGUAUUGAUUUUCUAGACAAUGAAAAUGAUAGAGUAUCUGUUAAAUGGCCUGGAGAGAUGCCAAACAAAUGGCCAGAUUUAUUGCUCAAAUUGAUAAAAGCUGUAGAUGAGGAGCGUUUUACAGAUUUGGUGUUAAAUAAACAGACAAGAGUUUUGGUUGAAGAAUGGAAAAACAAAGUCAUAUGUCUCAAUCGAGCAAAAUCAUCCAGUGGUUUGGCAAAGCUGAAAAAGGUCCUCGGAGUGCAAUCACAAGAUCAACAGCUUAUCAACUAUUGGAGUCCCCACUUGCAAGGAAACUAAACAAAAACAAAUGUUCAAUUUCCAAACAACUCAAUCUCAACUAAAGCUAAUAAAAAAAUAAAGAUUUUUUUUAUAAAUUUUCAACCAAAAA